AUGGAACAGAUUUUAGUUAACUUGCAAUUCCCUGAUCAGUUUGUGAAAUCGAUAAUGUGCUGCAUGAAAACAGUUUCUUACUCUAUCCUAAUCAAUGGUGUCCCUACCCCACCAUUUGCUGCCAAAAAAGGACUAAGACAGGGUGAUCCCAUGUCACCCUAUCUCUUUGUUCUUGCAAUGGAAUACUUGAGCAGGCUGCUUAAAUCACUGAAACAAGAGAGAGGGUUGAAAUAUCAUCUAAAAUGUGGAAACAUGAAGAUUACACAGCUGAGCUUUGCUGAUGAUUUACUGUUGUUUAGUAGAUGGGAUAAUAGCUCAAUACAUGCCAUGUUCCAAUGCUUUAAAACUUUCUCCUUAGCUUCAGGCCUCCAUGCUAAUUUACAGAAGAGUAGCAUAUUUUUUGGGGGAGUUUCCAUGACUGUGCAAUGGUAG